AUGGCAGAACCACCAGUUUCCGCCCGCGACGCUGCUGCGCUGCAUGGCGCGCGCGUCGCGUCCUCCUCCGCUGCAGGGGCGCCAUCGGCAUCUGCAAUUCCGAAACUCGAGGCCGGCCCAUCACGCGUCCCGCCCCCUCCUUCGGGCGUCAAGGCCGCGCCGAUCCUCAAUGGAACAGCACCGCGCCAGGCGUUCCCGAAACGCCUGCUUGCACGGUAUUUGCGUGCAUUGGAGGCGCGCCCGCUGCGCACCAAGAUGAUAACCAGCAUGUGUUUGUUCGCCACGGGCGACACGCUCGCUCAGUUCGGCAUUGAGGGCCGCCGGCUGCCAUGGUCCAAACGAGAAGAGGAAGGGGAGAAGAAUGACGAGGUGUGGGACCCGACGCGCGCAGCGCGACUCAUGUUCUAUGGGUGUUUCGUAUUCGCGCCGUUUGCUCAUAACUGGAUCAACCUGCUCGAGCGGGUCAAGUUCCCGUCGCGCUUGAAAACGCUGGCGGCGCGGGUUACUCUCGAUCAGGUUGUUUGGGGACCGUUCAUUGUGUGCUUGUUCUGGACUUCGAACGGGUUCCUCGAGGGCAAGACUCCGGCCGAGGUCAAGGCCAAGCUUGACAUGGCCUUCGUCCCCGUCUACACCAAGUCGCUGAUGGUGUUCGGCCCGACUGCGCUGGUCAACUUUGCCUUUGUGCCACUGCAGCACCGGUUACUGGUGGGCCAGAGUGUGGGACUGGGAUGGAACACCUACCUCUCCUACCUCAACCACUUGAACAACAAGCGCCUCGCGGCUGCGGCUGCAGCGUUGUCGACGGCCGAGCUGCGCGAAGCGGAGGAAAUUGCGGCGCACCACGAUGCUACAGCAGCACAUGCCGAUGUCGAGCUGCAGCGGGCAGUGAUGGACAAGGCGCGUGCGCGCAAGGAGAAGCUUCUGCAGUCGCAGGGCGGUGGCGCAACUGGUGUGGGUACGCGUAUGGGUGUAUAG